CUCUGUCUUCACCUGUCCUCUGCAGGUGUGAUGGAGGUGGACAUCCUGGAGUUCAAGGUUCCUGUGGAGAACAACAAGACUCUGUUUGUAUGGGACAUCCAGCCGUCUCACACAGAGACCCAUAUCUACGACGGGUUGUCCCACGUCUUCUCGUCCUUCGGUCCUCUCUACCUGCUGAAGGUGUGUCCCAACGCUCCGCUCAACCCGCCCGGGUUCUACGCCCUUAUGAAGUUCUACUCUGCUGCUCAGGCCUCAAAGGCACAACGGCAGACUGACGGCCGGCCGCUGCUCCAGAGCUCUCCACUCAAGGUUCUUCUUCUACUGUAG